UGACAUAUAACCUCUAUAAAAAAGUCUAUUACUCAACUUAACCUUUCCCUUGGAUGUUUUCAAAUUAAAAUGUUUUUUGGAUCCAGCUUUCCGUCAUGAUAUUUUUCUGAUGGAAUUUGCAGAAGAUGAAAAUUUGAUUGAUAUAUGGCCCGUGGAAGUAAAAUUGGAAACAGAAGAAGAUGUUGCAGAAUUUAACAAGGAAUAUGUAAUUCCUCCUCGAAAGCAUAAAAGAAGUCGCAACCCAAAGGUAAGUUGUUGCCCACAUUGUGACUACAGUACCACGCGAAGGGACCAUUUUAAACGCCAUGUACUACGGCAUCCAGAGCAAGAGCUUUUCACUAUUGGAAGCACUGGGAGGGAAGGAAAGAAGACUCGUACCUGUUGUGAAUGUGGCUACACGACAAUGAGAAAGGAUCACUUUAAAAGGCAUAUGAUGAGGCAUACGGGGGAGAAGCCUUACACAUGUAUGACGUGUGGUUAUGCCACAACCCAUUCUAUUCAUCUUAAGAGGCAUAUACUUAGGCAAGGGCACAAGCCUAACCCGCAGAUAGAAAUAAAAGAUGAGCCAACGGAUGAAAUUGAGGAAGAAGAAGAAUCAGAAUGGCCACUAGAAGUGAAAUUGGAAGAAAUAGAAGAUGAAAAUUCUGAAAAACCAGUCAAGCGCAAACGAGAGAAAGGUCCUCAUCGUUGUAACGAGUGUGGAUACACAACAUUACGCAGCGACCAUUUCAAACGCCACAUGAUGAGACAUACAGGAGAGAAACCGUUCGUUUGUACCAUAUGUAAUUUUGCAACAAGCCGUGCUGUGAGACUGAAAAACCAUAUGGCUACUCAUUUUGACAAUAAUAGACCUUACAGCUGUGAAAUGUGUCCCUACCAUACCACUCAGCUAGGUCGCUUACGCACUCAUAUCAAGCAGCAUAUAUAACCAUCUAACGAUUAACCUCAAUGUGAUACACAGGUGUAUAGUAAAAAAAAAGAAAAGAAAUAUUUUUGAAAUCUUUUGUAAAUCCAUGCCUUACUAAUCGAUUUCACCAGUGCCUUCUGUCUGUGUAUUAAGUAGACAAGCAAAUCAAUUGCAACUUUAUAAUAAUGGAUUUAACAAAUUAUGAAAUAGUUUAAAAACAAUCUACCCGGAGAAGUGAACCCACUUAGUUAUUGUUUAACUAUGAAGAAAUUUUUAAUAUAUACUUUUAAUUUAUUUUUUUUUGUUGACAAUGGUAUAUUGUUCAUGUUGUAUUUUUGAUUUUUUUAAUAAAAUAUGAAUAU